AUGUCCAUGGAUAAUAACAACUUGAAACUAGCAAGAGAUGCUACAUCUUCCCAAACUAAUUGGUUUGAAGGAGACACAGAGCAUGAGACUUGUCUAGUCUGCUACGGUAACGUUUCACCUAAUGAUAAGUUUGAGGUGCAAGGCUGCUUCCACCGCAUCUGCGUUACGUGCAUGAGGAAGCCUUUCUCAUCUGAACAAAUCCUACGUGGGAACACAGCAAUCUGCCCUUAUCCAGAUUGCGAGAACGAUCUUGUACCAGAGGAUUGCAGAGGUUUUGCUGAUGACAAUGCUAUUACUAUUAUGAUCCAACGCAAGAAGGAGAAGGCCAUCCCCGUUAAAGACAGAGUCUAUUGUCCCAACCCUUGUUGUUCCUUUUUGAUGUCGGACCUCGACCUCAACAGCCACUUAGGCAAUAAUAAUCCUCGGCAGUUGUCAGAAGCACGCAAGUGCAAGGAGUGCGGCUUGUCUUUCUGCAAAAAGUGUCAUGUUCCAUGGCACCACAAGAAGACGUGCGAUGAGUUCAAGAACUCAGAGUCUUACCUGAAAUCAGACGCGGCGCUUUUGGAGUCUUUUGUGAAGACACAGGGAUGGAAAAAGUGUCCACAGUGUCAGAGCAUCGUUCAACAUGGUGGCGGAUGCAUACAAAUGACUUGCAGGCAUUGCAAACACGAGUUCUGUUACACAUGUAGAGCUGCGUGUAAAAAGAAGAAACUGACAUGUAAAUGCUCGCGUUCAGGGAAAUGA